CAUGAACGCGUCCGUGAAGCCGCCGUGACUUUUCACCACGCUGUGGGCCAGCAGCACCUCCUCCUCCUCGGCGCCUCCUGCACUGGACCGUUAACCCGCUCCGCUCGCGUUCCGGUUCGGACACUGAGCCGCCCGCCUCGUUGGCCCACGGUGCCCGUGAACGGCUCGGUUCGGUUCCAUUAGCAGAACCGGAGCGGUACCCUCUGGAAGCUAAGGGCUAUCUCAGGCAGAUGGAGGAAUUUCUGCGGAGCUGCCGGCGGACCGUGCAGGAGAACGCGGAUAAGAACGGUCCAGGUCUCCACAUUGUUCUGGGGAACGAAGCCUGUGACGUGGACUCUAUGGUGUCCGCUCUCGCCUUCGCCUACUUCCUGUUCAAGACGGCAGGCGGCGACUCGCUGGUUCUGCCUCUGCUCAACGUGCGUCAGUCAGAGCUGGCGCUGCGCUCAGACAACCUGUUCCUGCUGCGCCAGACCGGCCUGUCCCCACAACUGCUGCUCUUCCGGGACCAGCUGGACCUCAGAGCUCUGCACAGAGCGGGCCGCCUCCGCCUCACCUUGGUCGACCACAACGUCCUGUCCAGUUCCGACAGUGACCUGGAGGGGGCAGUGGUGGAGGUGAUUGAUCACCAUCAGCUUGAGAGGAAACUCCCCCCCACCUGCCCUGUUACCGUGGAGACAGUGGGGUCCUGUGCGACCUUGGUAACCGAACGCAUCAUCCAGAAAGCUCCACAGAUCCUGGACCAGCAGCUCGCCCAGCUGCUCUACGCAGCAGUGGUGCUGGACUGUGUCAACAUGGCUCCUGCUGCAGGUAAAGUAACUCCCAAAGACAGCCAGUAUGUCGCUGCGCUGGAGACGCGGUUCCCCGCUCUGCCACCUAGGGGCGCUCUGUUCCAGGCACUGCAGAAUGCCAAGUUUGACGUCUCAGGUCUGAACUUGGAGCAGAUGUUGGUAAAAGACAUGAAAGCCGUUUCAGGAAGUCUCAACAUCGCCGUUCCUGUUCUCUACAUCACCCUGGAGGAGUUUUUACAGAGGGCUGACCUGGAGGCGGAGCUUUCAGCUUUCUGUCAGAAGUCUGGAUUUGAUUUGCUGCUGCUGAUGACGAUCUCCUUCACCGAGAGCAAAGAUCCAAUCAGAGAGCUGGCUGUGUUCAGCCACAGCGCCUCCUGCAGGGAGCAGGUAAGCAGGUACCUGGAGCAGGCCCGCAACCCCGCCCUCAGCCUCAGUCCAGUCAGCUGUCCCCACCCACACAUCUCAGCGUACCAGCAAGGGAACGCGCUGGCUUCCAGGAAGAAGCUCCUCCCCCUGGUGAAGGACUUCCUGAGGGAGUGCGAUGGGGACGUCUGCCUGAGAGACGCAGAGGACGAGUCUGCGGUCCCCCCCACCCCCAUGAACAGCCUGGUGGACGGCUGUCCUCUGGACGAAGGCCUGCCGCGCAUCACCGCCGAGGACCUGCAGGACAAGUUCCGCCAGAUGGAGUCCGCCGACCCCUGAGGACGGAGACGGAGAGACUCUGAGGACAGAACGUCUCAAGUCACUGCUGUGAAGGAACCAGUCAGAGCUCAGAUUGAUUCAGGUGGAACUAAAGCGGGUUCUGCAGAACCAGCAACCGGGCCGCUCUCAGUGGUCGGAGCCGCACAGCAGCUGCUGAAUAAAUACAUAAACGAAGACAAUCUGAGCCACCAAAGAGCAGCUGAGACUGGCCAGAACCUCCACAAUAAAAGACUUUUUAUGAGCUGGAUAAUGUUCAGCAGGUUCCUGCUCAGAUCUCCUGUAGGAGGUUUCUGGUAGCAACUGUCCCGCUUCAGCUGCACUUACAACAAUAAAAGCAUGUCAGACCUUUCCUGAAUAAAAUCCGUCACAAUAAAA